GUGCAAGAGCACAGUGGAAUAUGCUGGUCAAAAAUUAAAACCUCGUAACCAUUGCCCACAGGGAGGAGGUACACACACACCACAUUAUAGAGGCACGGAAACAGAAACUGUCUGCACAGACACCCCCGUGUGCAACGUGAGAGACGGACGUGGGAUACAGUUCUUCGGGAUGGUGCUGGAGGGGGACCAGGGUCCAUUGAAGAAGGGUCUUCUGUGAGGCGGCCUGUGCUUUGCUAGUCGGGCAGGCUCAGCUCCCGGGAGGCAGAAAGAGGAAGGUGUGAAAAUGGAGCUCAGAUUCUGUUCGAUGUCACUCACCCUCACAGCUCUCAUGAUGCUUGCUGGAGCGAGUUUGGUGAGGUGUCUGGGGAACUGCACCAUGGUUGACAUGGUGGCAUUUUGUGUGACACGCAGGUUGAAUUGUGUGCCAGUGGAUCUGCCCUUAACAACUGAAGCACUCUUUCUCAAUGGAAAUGAAAUUAAAGCAAUCCAAAACCAGUCACUGUCUACGUACAGGUGGCUGCACACACUGGACUUGAGCGGGAACCAACUUGAACUCAUUGAACCUGCAGCCUUUUCCUACAAUAAGAACCUACAAGAUUUGAAUCUAAUGAACAACAGGAUUGAUAUAAACUAUACAAGAACCCGACUGGCACUAAGGUCCCUCUCAGCGUUAACGAGACUGGAUUUAUCUGGGAAUAGACUCAGUGAAGUCAUAGUGAGCUACAUUGUACAAAAUCUGACCACACUGGAAUAUCUAUCUCUGGCCAGGAAUUUCAUCAUGAGAUUGGAACCUAGCACAUUAGAGGGCCUUGCCCAGCUUCAGGAAUUAAACUUGGAGAACAAUUAUAUCUACGAAAUUGAAAGUGGGACAUUUGAGGGUUUGAAAAGGCUAACCAGGUUGAACCUUGCCCACAAUCACAUCUCGUGCAUUGUAGAUUUCAACUUGUACCAAGUGCAAACAUUAAAUAUCAGUCACAAUGUCAUGGAACUGUUUUUAGCCCGAGAGACCGAGACUGAAUUCCAGCUGGAAACUCUGGACCUUUCCAAUAACAAACUGCUGUUUUUCCCGCUCUUACCCAAACACAACAAGCUCAAAUUGCUGUUGCUGGCAGACAAUGAGAUGAAUUUUUACAACGACCUGAUGAACGACUCAGCUUCCGAGGUCCAAUUUGUACAAAUUGUCGGAAAUGUGACCAACGUUACUUCCGUAAAUCUAUGGGAUGAGGUGAUUUCCGUAAAUUUGCCUGAACUGCAGUUGCUGGAUAUGAGCCGGAAUUCAUUUCGAUAUCUCCCUCCUGGAUUCCUCCGGGGAAUAACAUCGCUGUCAGCUCUGCUACUCGACCAGAACUGUUUAAGGACCUUCUCGCUGACAGAGCAGGACUCUCUCCGUUUUCUUCAGGCGAUCGAUCUCAGUCACAACCAAUUGUCCCAUUUGAAUUUCAAUAUUAGCAGGCUGGAGAACCUAAACUAUUUUAAUCUUAGCUUCAAUCAUUUAGAAUCGGUGCCUUCAGAUCUUUUUACGAAGAUGCCUCGGAUUACAACAAUAGACCUCAGUCACAACAGGGUCUCUGUUUGUGACCAUCCUUUAGGAAAUAGGAGAAGGUCUUUGAGCAGAGGUUGUGUUGCAUUGGCACAGAUCAAAUCGUUGCGACAACUUUAUCUCUCCAACUGUGACUUGGUCACACUACCUCCCAAUGCUUUUGUUGCUUCGCCCUUAACCCAUCUGGAUUUAUCAUCCAAUAUUGGAAUCCGACUGGAAGCGAGCAUGUUUCAUGCCGUGGCCAAGUCAUUGCAAUCCUUAUCUCUGAGGAACAAUGGGUUAGAUUCUGGCCAGAUAGGUUCUGGGUUGCAAGUGACUCUUGGCAACCUAAAGACUUUGGACUUGUCUGAAAAUUCCAUGACAAGCCUACAUCCUGUACUCAAAAACCUUCGCCUAAGAUCGCUGGACUUACGGAAGAACAGGCUGUCUGUGCUUCAGCCAGACGUUCUGUACGGCCUGUUGCAAAGCCUUCGAACUUUGUACCUGAGCGGCAAUGCCUUUGACUGCUGCCGGUUGCAAUGGUGGAGCUUCCUCGCCAAUGCCGAGUCACUGACCAUCCGCGAUAGAUCUGCGAUCACUUGCAACACGUCUUUCAAACUGGAGCCCAUCGAUAGGAUUUCCCAGUCGACCAAAGCUAACUGCAAAUUUGAUAACACUGUUUUAAAAUAUUUCUUGCUGUUGCUGCCGACAAUUCUGUGUAUCCUCAGUGUUUGUGUGAUGGUUCUAUUCUCUUUGAGUUCCAAGUUGUUGCCCAAGUAUGUGAAAGCCAAAUGCAGAUCAGGGGCUCAGUAUUAGCCUGUGCCAGCUCGAGGAGCCCAUUGCGGACACUGGGAACGCGCUGUGAAACUACGGGCAUGCGGCUAACGUGGGGAGAGGUGCCUACUGCCUCCCCAGGUGCAGCCAUGCCAGAAUGGGCACCUCCUGCAGAUUUGACAAUGGUCACGCCAUGGUGUGUGAAUACUGGGCACAAAUGGAGGCACUAAAAAAAAUUGGAAAGGGUGGGUAUAAGGGCACGGGGUCCUAUGUCACACCCAUUGGCCAGACUUCCUGACCACAAAAGGGGUAGGAGCUGACUGUGAACACUGCGUUUUACCACUGAUGAAAUUGUUUCUUGAACUUGCACAAAAAAAAACCUUCCAUAAUAUUUAUGGUGUAAUUAUUAAGCUACAUGUACAGAAUAGGUAGGUGCCCAGGUGUGUGGGCCCGAAGUAUUGUUGGAGAAGGAAAAUAGAACCCAAUAUGCAUUAAACUUUGAAACUUUUUUAUGUAAA